AUGGACGCGCCUUCGCCCAUCACCGGCUCCCUUAAGCCCCCCCCUCGAUUUGCAUCCUCCUUCACUGGCAGUGUAUGCAAUGGAGGUGGCACGAGUCGCAGCUCGACGAGGCGCACUGGAGCACAGCUCGAGCGCAAGCGGAGGCAAGACCGGGAGUCCCAGCGAAACGCGCGUGAACGCACCAAGAAGUACAUUGCCAGCCUGGAGGAGAGACUCGCCGAGCUGGAAUCGCCAACAUGCAUCUCGGAUCUUUCGAAGAAGAACGAAGAAUUGCGGCAGAAAGUGGAUUCCCUAGAGACCAAGUUACAAGCAGUUGUCCAGAUUGCUACAAGAGUAUCGGACACAAAUUCUGGCGGAGACCAUGCCGCAGAAGCACAUCACUUGUUCUCAGCGACCCUUGCCCAUCCACAUGACGGCGGACGAUCCAGCGCCAGCCCGGCCUCGACCUCACUGAAACCGACAUGUCCACUGACUGGAGCGGUGUUGAGGGAGAAGGCAACCAGUGCAGGUCCUACCGUUCAACGUCAAUCCGCGAUUCUGGGUGUUGUAGAAGUUGGAAAACGUGCUCAGAUUGACAAUGCCUCGACCGCACCUGGCUGCCCCGAUAACGGUGACGCCGAGCCCAUGGUCGACUUCAACCAUAAUUACAUGCAGGUGGGGGACAUCGGACCCUCGUCACACACUUCUACGACACUCCCGCCGGCUACACAUGGUCUAGUACUGGAUUCCCGUACAUCUGUGGGUUCCUUGACGACAGCGAAUAUCUGGGGACCCACCAGCAGCCUUGGGCAGCAUAAUCCAGAUGGAACUCCGUCCUUGGAUGCCUUCUAUGUCCCUCCCGGACCGCUGUGGCCCGAAAAAGGAUUUCCAACCCCUCAAAACUGUGCUGCCACCAAUAUCUGGGACGCGAAAUUGAUCAAGUGUAUCAAUGAGCAUCAAAAUCACCUGAUGGAAUUUUCCAUGUCCAUGCCAGAGGAUCCAGAACUUCGCAGCAUCCUAGAUCCUAGGACGAGCCAAGGCACAGCAGAUUCUCUCACUCACUUUUUAAACGCCCCGAUCACUCAAUGGAAUUUCGAGCUUCCGGAAAAAUUGGCCAUGUUUUGGCUGAAUUUCGUUCAUCUGAAGGUGAGCCAGAAUCGAAUCCCCCUCGAACCCUCCCGGCCCGCCGCGGUUCAAUUGCUUUAUGUGUAUAUGGUAUUGAUGGUUCAACAGUACCGCAUCUAUCCGUCAGAAGAGACGUUCAACGAGAUGCCGCCGUGGUUCCGUCCAUGUCCUUUGCAGUGUCAAGUCAGCCACCCGAUCUACAUCGAUGCUCUUCCCUGGCCCCAUCUACGCGAAAAGCUCACAUUCGAACACCGGUUAUACCCUUUCCACCUGUUGACCCCUGUAUUCUGUAGCAGCCUCAACAUCAACUGGCCACACAACCAAGACAUGACAUAUGUACAUGAAGCAUCAGGCAAUCUCCGCCUGAGCCGCUCUUUCAAGAAACAUAUCAGGAAGCUGGAAAAUUGGACCAUGAAACCGGCCUUUUCGAAACAGUAUCCAGAACUCACAUGGGCGGUACAAGUAGACAACGCUCCGUGGCAUGGAUCCGCGCAUGAAAAUUGA